AUGCCGUUGGAUAACGACGGUGACUGUAGUUUAACGAAGCUCAUCUCCUCCAUCCUCGACCACAUCCCCAACCUUCUCAGCUUCAAAUCCAAAUGGUCUUCGAUCCGCGUCAAACUCGCCAAUCUCAACACUCAGCUCUCCGAUAUCGCCGCCUCUUCUUCUUCCAACCAGCUAGCUCUGGAUCUCCUCCUCUCCGCCCGAGAGACGCUCCACGCCGCCGCCUCCGUCGCGGCUAGGUGCGAGGGUCCGAAUUUAUCUGAGGGAAAGCUCAAGACGCAUAGCGACGUCGACUCGGUCAUGGCUCGACUCGAUCGCCACGUGAAGGACGCUGAGGUUCUGAUCAAAAGCGGUCUUCUCAACGAAAUCGUUUCGAUUUUGUCGAAGAAGGAAGCUGCGGCGAGGAAUCUAGUUAUCCAAUUACAGAUCGGUAAACCAGAGUCGAAGAACUCGACGAUGGAAUCUUUGCUUCGGGAAGAUGAUAAGAACGUGAUGAUCUCCAUAGCUCAAGGACUUGUUCCCGUUCUGGUUCGGUUGCUUGAUUCGUGUAGUUUGAGCAUGAAGGAGAAGGUUGUAGUCGUGAUUUCGAGAAUCUCAACGGUGGAGAGCAGUAAACACGUGUUGAUAGCUGAAGGGCUGUCUCUACUGAACCACCUCCUUCGUGUGUUGGAAUCAGGAAGUGGUUUCUAA